AUGCACACGCGCGCGCACAGCCGCUCUCCCUCAGACACACUGGAGGGAAAGGUCAAACUAAAGGCGAGGGAGCAGAGAGACCGGAGGGAGCCGCUGCCGCCGCCGCGCGCCAUGACGGACGCGGCGGAGGCUGCUUUCUCAGUGCGGACGCCGCCGAGCCCCAGCUCUCGCCGCGCCCCCUGCCCCCCGCCCCUCGCGCGCCCCUCACCCCGGCGCUGGCGCGUCCCCGCGCCCUCUCCCCCGGCCGCUCCAGGCGCGCAUCGGGCUAGGGGCGCGGGGCGCCGGGAGCGGGAGGGUGGGGGCCGCGGCGGGCCGGCGGCCUCCUCGCCCGACCCCCGACCCCGGGCCAGGUGUCUUCAGAAUUCAGCAAAGUAGAUGGGACUGCAGACGUUACCAUUCCCUGUGACUCUUGCUACGAUCUUACAGACUUCAUUGUGCCGGGCUUAGAUGUCUUCAGAGUCACCAGGUACUUGGUUGUUCCUAGAUAGUGGGCCUGCCUGAUCAGGAUUUGGUAUUUUUCCCACUGAAUUAAAAUUGUUUUGCCUAAGCCUCAUUUUGUGUGUCAAGAAAAUAAAGGCAAAAGAGUAAGUGCUGUGCUCCUAAUCCACAGCUAGCUGGUAGUCAGCAGCCUGGGAGGCUGAGUCUCUGGUCUCCUAGUCUCAACCUUCUAGGCAGUGAGCAUUGUUAAUCACAGAACAGGCCCUCCUUGGACUCCUUGGCUUGCUCGUCUUUGUUUCUCCCAGGGCCUAGCAUUCACAUCCACACACAUACUACAUACGUUUCUGCAUGUGUGCGUGUGCAUGUCAGGGAAGCCAGAAUUUGUUCUCAGCUCCUUACUCAUGUGAGCUUAGCGAAAUCGUUUCUCCAAUCUGUACCUUCUUCUUCAUCUGUAAAAUAGAAUUAUCAUCUGCUCUGCUACUAACCUUAAAAGUAGUUACUGCAUAAGGAUGAGAAAAUGUAUAAAAACACUUUGAAGCUUUUGUUACAAAGGGCAGUUAGUAAUAAUGAGUAAAUGAUAAAUAAGCCUUAUAGAACAGGAAGCCUUUUCAUCUUUCUGUCCUAAACACCCUUCUAUUUUAUAAAUUUUUCAAGUAGAUUAAGUUUAUUAAUUUAGAUAAUGUUUUCUUUUUCUUUUUGUCUCUGCUCUAUUUAUUUAACAUUGGAUAUAUAGAGAAUGGUAAUUAUUAUUGAAUGGAUUGAAAACAAGAAUAGAGUCUCUUUGGGAGUAUCUGUGUUUUUUUUUUUUUUUUCCCCAUGUAAUUGGGGGCAUUUUCUGCUCCAUGGUCGGUUUCUAGUGGUUUGUGAAUUCUUGCCUUCUGCCAAGUGUUUUCUCCCUGUCACCACCCUGCUACUACUCUUUGUGUUUACCUUCCCAGCUGCCCUGCCUUUUUUCAGAGUUCAGAGUCAAAUUGUAGCCAACCAUUUCUGAGAGCCUUCCUAGACAUCACUGAAUUUCAGCUAAUUAAUAGAUUUAAGGGAUGCGAAAUCUAGGCCAAUUCAGAAUUUUACUUCAUUUGAGGGUUUUUUUUCCAGAAUAUUUAUCUUAAGUUACAAAAUGUUGUUUCCUGUUAAUUGUUUUCUUAUGUAUUGUGGUAAAAUUUUAUAAACCCAGUAAAACUCUCUUGUAACAAUACUCUUGGGGGAUAAUGGCUUGUAUUCGUUCUGGAUUGUCACAUAGGAAGAGAUGUGUUUAGGUAUCUAACUUGGUUUCAGCAUUGUACUUGAGACAUCUGUGGUAGGACAGAAACUGUGGCAAAUGUGGCAUGGCAUACAUUAUAUAUGGAUAUUCAUAAACUGCCUUUGAUAGAUUGACAAACAUUUCCAGUUACUGAACCAGUAGCACUGUUCCAGUCAGUAGCUCAGUAAUAUCCAUUUUUUUGUCUGUACAGCAGAUUGUAUGUAUGCAUGUGUGUUUUGCCCAUUUUUAUAAAAAUGUGUUAAAAGUAAAAUGCUAAUGCUGAUAGAAAAUUGACCCGCAAAUAUGUAAUGUUUUUGACAAAGAUAGAAAUCAUAAAGCAUGCCAAAAAUGGUAAACCUUUGGCUUCAGCUAUCCCCUCAUUAGACUUUACCUUCUUACUGUGUAUUAUUACAAAGAUUGUGUCUAGAAGAUAUUUUAUAAUGAUAGAAGGUAUUUUAUAAUAGGGUUUCUUAUCACAUAUACUUAAUAUUCAACUUCUGUACGUUUAAUUUUCAUGUUUCCUCAAGAAUAUAUUAUACAAAGUCAUAGCAUUUGACAAAAUUCCUUCAUAACUCUGAAGAAAAUAUUCUAUGUAUUGUUUGUGUGAGUUAAAUACAGUGGCUCUGAUAAAAAUGUCUUUUGAUCAGUCUUUAAAAAAAUUAAACUGAGAACAGGAAGGUAAAUUAAAGGGGAGAUUUGGAGACUUGUGGUAACUGGUUUAUUGCAACUUAAUGUGCAGCAUCCUCAUUAGUCGAGUAUCAUGUGCCUACCUAGGCAUGAAAUAGCUAUUUUUUUCCUAAUUUAAAUCUGGAAAGUUUCAGUUGUAGUACAGUUUGAAUAGUUGUUGUAAGUAGCCACUGGACUUUUUAAAAAAGUAUUUUUCUUCAAAAACAGUGAAGGUCAUCUUGUAUCCAUAGAGACCACAUGUACUUUCCUCAUUAUUUCCAGCAUUAUUUAUAUAAUGGGUAGAGUUAUUUACAACAUUAAACAAAAAGUAUUUCAGAGAGCAACCGUUAAAUAUUAUCACAGGGUAAAUAUCAGCAACUGAAAUCCUUUUCUCAUAGUUUCUCAAAAAACUUGGUAUUAGGAAAUUAGUAGUCUCUCAGAAUUUGUAUAUUGGUUUUCUUCAGUAGUUAUUCUGUAGAGUGUGUGUGUACAUAUGCAUGCUCAUGUAUGUAUGUAUGUUCAUUUCUUAUAAAUCACUGUGACUUAAUUGUGGACUUUAAUUGUUUUCAUAGUUUUUUUCCCCAAAAGAAGGUUACUUUACAUAUUUUAUUUUAUUUUUAUUUUUAUUUUUUUUGAGACAGGGUCUCACUCUGUCGCCCAGGCUGCAGUGCAGUGGCGUGAUCUCAGCUCACUGCAGCCUCCACCUCCCAAGCUCAGGGAUCCUCUUACCUCAGCCUCCCGAAUAGCUGGGACCACAGGCAUGCACCACCACACCCAGCUAAUAUGUUGUAUGUUUUUAGAGAUAGGGUUUCGCCACUUAGCCCAAGGCUGGUCUUGAACUCCUGGACUCAAGCGAUCUACCCAUCCACCUGCCUCGGCCUCCCAAAGUGCUGUGAUUAUAGACAUGAGCCACUGUGCCUGGCAAUUUUACGUAUUUUAAAUUAAAGCAAAUCUUGGUUUUUGAUGGAAUGCAGAUUUACUUAUAUUUCACUUAGUCUUUUUCCUUUCUUUCAGAAAAGUGGUGUGGAAACAAAAUGGUUUUAGUAUAUUGCCUUAUAAACAAAUUUAAGAUCAUGAGUUUCUUUUAUUAUCCUCUUUGCUUUGCUCAUUUCCUUGAACUGUACAUCCCUAACCUAAAUCAGCUGGAGACAGGGGAAGAAAGUGUUAGAUUCUUACUCCGUUUAGAUCCUCUGCCAGGAAAAUCCACUCUAUUCAUUGUCAACUAAAUUAACGCUUUUUUAAAUAAAAGGAGUCAUUUUUAACGAUAACGUCAGGGCAGCAGGCAUCCAUGAGAUGUAUGGUCACUGAUCAUUAGAGUUAUCAUUCUAAUGUGUUUACUAUUUUGAAACUCUAGGGAGAAGAAAACAGAAGAAAACUUAUUUUUGCAUAUGUUGGAAAAAUGUAUCCUCAUGUAGGAUAUCAGGGUAAUAUCUUUAAUGUUUCAUACUUACCAAGAUAAAUUUGUAAUGCGUAUUUUCUUUUAAAAUUAGAUUAUUUAGGAGAAAUUGCACUUGGUGAACCACUUACUCUUUAAUUAUUAGCAUUAACUUUAUCAUUUUUGUUUCAAGAUGUCACAGCUAUUGUUCAGCACUAGAAAUUAUAUAAAUUAUUAGCUGAAGAUGAUGACUGGCAAUAUUUA